UAAAAGUGUUUGACGAGUCUACCUUGAAAAAAACGCUUAACGGAAUACAUUUAAAAAAGAAGACAUAGGAAUGACGACAAAGUGACAUUUUCACCCCUUGAGGUAAAUUGGGUCCACAGAAAAACGUUUUCCUCCGUUUUAAGGUUUGAUUGAUGAAAGCAUGAGAACGAAGACGAGCAAGGCGUCUGUCGCUCAACUACCCAGCAUCCCGGAGGACUGCUGUGCUCUGUGUCGACUCAGCGAUGAUGACCCGGUCAUAUUUGGAGAUAAGGUCUCACUCAAAGAGCACAAGAUCUCCGUCCACUAUUUCUGCUUGCUGACGUCUUGUGGAGUUUAUCAGCGAGGAGAAGAACAUGAAGGUGUCUUUGGCUUCCUGGUGGACGACAUCAAACAGGAGAUCCGCAGAGCAGCUCGGCUAAGGUGCUGUAGCUGUAAGAAGAAUGGAGCAUGUGUUGGCUGUAACAUCAGAAGCUGCAAGAAGAUGGUCCACUAUCCCUGCGGGAAGAAUCAGAUGUUCAUCUCACAGUUCACAGGACUGUUCCCGUCUUACUGUCAGGACCACAGCCCCUCUCAGUCUCUGGAUGUGAGUUUGGACAUCAGUCUGCCUCAGUCCUGCUCCAUCUGUUUGGACUCCAUUGAUCCCGUCCUGUCCUACUCCGUCCUCAAGUGUCCAUCUUGUCACACCAGCUGGUUCCACAGAGACUGUGUGCAGCAUCAGGCCCACAGUGCAGGCAUCUACUUCUUCAGAUGUACUCUCUGUAACAACAAGGAACACUUCCAGGAGGAGAUGCUCAGGAUGGGAAUCUUCAUCCCAGAAAGAGAUGCUUCAUGGGAGUUGGAGGCAAAUGCAUAUUCUGAGCUACUGGAGGUUUACAACCAAUGCGACUCUCUCAAAUGCCUCAGCCACAAAGGACGCAACUACUCUGCUAAGAGCGGCUGGUUUGAGGUGAUCCGGUGUCGGCUGUGUGGAUCCAAGGGCACUCACCGGAAAUGCUCGGGGCUGAAGUUGAACACCACGGACUGGGCAUGCUCCGACUGCAUGAAAGCUACCGAUGGGAAAGCCUCGCUGGUUGCAUCACCUCAGGGAGGUCGGAGGAGAGGUCUGCUGUCUAAACGCCACCAGUCCUCCACCCAGUCCCCCAUCAGCUGUAAGAGACCAUCUUUACCUGUGAGGUCCGGAUCACCCAAGGAGCUCCUGCAGUCUCUUGUCCUUCAGCUCCAACCUGUGAGCGUGCAGGUGGAUGUAAACAGCGACUGGGCUCUGUCAGCGGCUCUGGACCUGGUCAGGAGGGCCGACUUCAACCCCACACACACACUCUCCGUCCGGUUCAAAGAUAAAUUAUACAACGGCCUCCAAGAUGGAAGCGUGCGCCGGCAGUACUUCCUGGAGCUGCUGAUGCAGCAGAUCCAGGACUCUGUGGUGUUUGAAGGUCCUUGUGCAUCCAAAAACCUAGCCCUGGACUCCCAGGCUCUGCGUGAAGACCUGUAUUUCGACAUCGGCUGCCUGCUGGCUCUGUCCCUCGUUCAUGGUGGUCCUCCCAUCAACUUCUUUUCCCGAGCUCUCUUUCAGCUGCUGUUCAACCAUCCGGCCAACCUGCCGCUCUCCAUCAGUCACAUGACCCCUGACACACGCUUCACCCGCCAGGUGACACAGAUCGCGAAGGCGGAGUCUUUGGAUGAGUUGAGAGAAGUCAUGGCAGGGAACAGCGACUACCUGGAGCUGGCUGGCUGCAACCGACCAAUCGGCAGCUUGGAGGAGAAGGAGGCUCUGGUGGAGGAUCUGGUCAGCUUCACCAUGAUCACCAGGAUGCAGCUGCCGUUGCAGAGGUUCCGGGAGGGUCUGCAGACUCUGGGCGUCUUUGAUCAGGCUCAGCUCUUCCCCGCGGCCUUCUACGACAUCUUCUGCGAACCCGCCGAUCGCAUCACGGCUCAGACGCUGGAGCAGCUCUUCACCGUCAGCUUCUCUCAGCAGAAGCACAAGCAGACACGAGAGAUACCUGUCGUCACCUUCUGGAGACACUUCCUGCUGGAGUGUGAAGUUGGAAAGAGCUCCGUUUCACUGCAGGAUAUCCUCCGCUUUGCCACCGGAGCUGACGAGGUGCCACCUGUCGGCCUGCUCCCUUCCAUCUCCUUCCUUCACCCCCCCACCUCCUCCCAACCAGGGUCUAAAGAGGAGAAGAGAGACGAGGGACUCUUUCCACAAAGUAGACUCAAGUCCAGACUUCUCCUCCUGCCUGCUGCCUCCACUUACAGCGCUUUUAAAAGCUCCAUGGAGCAGGCUGUCAGCCAUCACAUACACCUCCUGCCCUCACAGAGCUGAGGAGGAGGAGCAGUUUCCUCUAACUGCUUUUUUUUUUUUUUCUUCUGCUUUCUUUAUUCUUUGCAGAUACAUUUCCAAAAUGU